GGUGUCCGAGACCCGGGAAGCGGCUCUGGGCUGUCAGGUCGCACUUUUGAGGAUGGCGCUGUCGCGGGGAGCCAGCGCCCCGGACCCGGACGAUAUCCGGCCUCUCAAGCCGUGUCUGCUGCGCCGCAACCACAGCCGCGAUCAGCACGGCGUGGCGGCCUCCUGCCUGGAGGAGCUGAGGAGCAAAGCUUGUGAAAUCCUGGCCAUUGAUGAGUCCUUGACACCAAUCACGCUGGUCCUGGCAGAGGACGGUACCAUAGUGGACGAUGACGACUACUUCCUUUGUCUCCCUUCCAACACCAAGUUUGUGGCCUUGGCCUAUGAUGAGAAGUGGACAUACAACAAUUCGGAUGGAGGAACAGCCUGGGUUUCCCAAGAGUCCUUCGAUGCCGACGAGACAGACAGCAGGGUAGGGGUGAAGUGGAAGAGCCUGGCCAGACAGCUGAAAGAGGAUCUGUCCAGCAUCAUCCUCCUGUCAGAAGAGGACCUCCAAGCCCUCAUCGACAUCCCAUGUUCAGAGCUGGCUCGGGAACUUUGUCAAAGCUGUGCCACUGUCCAAGGGCUACAGAAUACACUGCAGCAGGCGCUGGACCAGAGAGAGGAGGCCCGCCAGUCCAAGCAGCUCCUGGGACUUUAUCUCCAGGCCUUGCAGAAGGAGGGCAGCAGCUUGUCCAACCAGGAAGAGUCCAGAGUUGCCCUCAGUGAAGAAGACUUGGAUGCGGUUGACACGGGCAUCAGCAAAGAGAUGGCUUCAGACAUGGCACUGACAAGCCGCAUCCUUAAGGCACUGAGGGAGAACCCUGCGCCAGAGCUGAGUUUAUCUAGUCAGGAUUUGGAGUUGGUCUCCAAGGAGGACCCCAGAGCCCUGGCUGCUGCUUUGAGCUGGGACAUAAAGAAGGCAGAAACAGCCCAGCAGGCCUGCAACACGGAGCUCGCCCUGCGCCUACAGCAAAUGCAGAGCUUGCGUUCACUCAAGAAUUUUUCGUCGAGGAAGAACGCACCACCUGGGGGACAGCAGAGUCCCAAACGAGCGAGACAGGAUCCCGAGUAGCUCCACCAGAAGCCACAUUGCUCAGGAGAACCCUUGGUUUUGUUAUCAAACAACUUCCCCUUGUCAUUUUGCUACCUACAUCCUACUCUACCUCCUGCUUCCAGGGUGCUCUUCUAGCACACGUGUCUUCUACCCCCCCCCCCCCGAAAAGCUGCCCCGGUCUGUAUAAUCAAUGCCCUUCUACCUCCUUUUAAUAUAAAAAGAAUUUUUUAUUUUUAUUUUUUGAGUCAGGGUUUCCCUGUGUAGCCCUGGCUGUCCUGGAACUCACUCUGUAGACCAGGCUGGCCUCGAACUCACAAAGAUCGGCCUGCCUCUGCCUCCCAAGUGCUGGGAUUAAAGGCAUGCAUCACCACCGCCCAGCCAGAUUUUCAUUUUUGUUUCUUUUAGGAGUGUUUUGCAAGCAUGUAUGUCUAUGUACCACAUGUGUACCUCCAGUCCAUGAAGGCCAGAAGAGGGUGUCAGACCCCCUGGAACUGGAGUUACAGAUUCUGGGUGCUGUGGAAGAGUAGCUACUGCUCUGAGCCACAGAGCCAUCUCUCCAGCUCCCAGAAUGCACUUAUCGUAUAGUAGGCCUCAGGCCCCUUGUCAAAGGCUGAGAAAACUUGUCAUACUUAGGACUCAUGUCCUUAUUCUACAACUUGAAUAGUAGAGUUUCAGACACAGAUAAUGGUAAAGAAAAGGCUAACAGUGGCUGUGGUCAUGAGCUUACUUCUCAAGUUAAGGAAUGUUGGUUUAAAGGCAUAUACUGCAUCUCUGCAGACCCCAGGGAAUGCAUUCGUAACCACACUUCUAAUAUCUGACUCAGUGCUGUGAAGCCAUGGACACUGAAACGCCUUUCCGUUUCCUAAUAUGCUUUGCCAGCAGCGGGUAGAAAGUGUAACUAAGUCAGCAGCGGGUAGAAAGUGUAACUAAGUCAUUCCUAUGCUCUAUGGCUCCAGGGCUAUGAGGAGCAGCUCGCUUCUGGCUUUUCUCUCAUUUCUGCUGAGACUUCUGCAAUCUACAGUGCAGUGUGCCUUCAGGGAAAGGACACUUAGUUACGGGGCCUUUGACUUAUGUACGCUGGGAAGAAAACCAUGCUGUCUAGAGAUGCAUUCCCAGUUACCUUUCCUUCUGUGUAUGCGUGUGUGCAGGUUCUGGGUGCUAAGGCCUCAUAAGUGGUGAGCACUUGCCCCCUAAUGAGCCAUGCUCCCCAAGCCUCACAUUAGCCAGUUAAGCAAAGAAAUGUAGUAUUAAGUCUUGGGGUGAAGGUGGGGUGCAGAAGACAGAUGACAACUGUUUCCUCGUCUACAGCGGGAGUCAUGUCCGUCAGCAGCUUUUACGUCUCAUAGUGUCUUACACUCAGUUCCUGCGCCAGUGCCACCAGCUCCAGAGUCUUUGGUUUUUUGUUUGUUUUUCAAGACAGGGUGUCUCUGUGUAGCUCUGUAGACCAGGCUGGCCUCCAACUCACAGAGAUCCUCCUGCCUCUGCCUCCCGAGUGCUGGGAUUAAAGGCAUGUGCCACCACCACUGAGCCCUCCGAGUCUUUGUGAUGCCUCUUAGUCUUUAAAUAAAGCCACCGCUAUGAUGCCUCUCA